UUUAUUCAUUUUAGGUGCGGUUCCAUAGAAAGCUACACAAUACUUUUUGAAAUACGAUAUGAUUGGUGACAAUAUUGAGGUAUACAAUAUUGAAAAAGAUGGGAAAGGUUCGAAUGAUAAUCAAGAUUCUUUUUUGAAAUUCAACGAGACCUUAAUUAAAAAGUCAGAAUAUUCACUUAGAAAUCAUGUUAUUAUUGCAGCUAAUAACGGAUAUCAAAAUUUAAUAGACUCAGAUGUAUAUAAUUUUUCUCACCGUAAUAGAGGGAAAGCAAUAAUUGUAAACAAUAGGGAUUUUGAAAAUAAUACUGGUUUAAAUACACGGACAGGAACUGACAAAGAUGCUCUUUGUAUUCGAGAUUCAUUAAUACAUCUUGGAUUUGAUGUAUCCUUGCAUCACAAUUUAAGUGCAAAAAAUAUUAUGCAUCUCAUAAAUCUGGUCAGUCAAGGGGAUUUUAGAGAUGAUGAUUGUUUUGUAUUCAUCAUCAUGUCUCAUGGUGAAGAGGGUUACUUGUGGGGAACAGACGAUACUUUUAAAUUAGAACAAUUAACAUCGUGUUUUCGAGGGGAUGUUUGUAAAACACUAGCUGGCAAACCAAAAUUAUUCUUUGUACAAGCUUGCAGGGGAACCAGAUUGGAUGAUGGGGUCGAAGCCACUGAUGGCUACGAUGUAACAGAUUCCAAGGUUAUCAAAAAAAUUCCGGUGGAGUCAGAUUUCCUUAUAGCUUAUUCAGUCGUUCCAGGAUACUUUUCUUGGAGAAACUGCUCCGAAGGUUCCUGGUUCAUCCAAAGCCUGUGCAAGGCGCUCGAUAAAUAUUCACAUAAAUUAGAUCUUUUACGAAUAUUAACACGUGUGAAUAGAAUGGUAGGCGAGUACACAUCUAACACCAACGACCCAGACUGGCACGACAAAAUGCAAAGCCCUUCUAUCGUUUCCAUGCUCACGAAAGAUUUAUAUUUUCACUACCCUUCCUUUCCUUAAUCUAUUUAUUUGAUAUGCAUUAUAAUAUCCUAGCAUUCCUCCUAAAUAUAAUUACCUUUAUAUCUUGUUUUUUUUAAUAAAUAUGAUUGAUACAGGGAAUUUAGUAUUAAACAGCUGGAGCCGUUUAAUAACAUUAGUGGGGAUCACUUCGAUUAGUUUCUUCUUAACUAGUAUCGUAUUAGGUAAAUUCAUUUUGGAGGCUAGUUACAUCAUAAUUUUUAAAGGUAAAAUGAUUUUUAUUAUAGAAAAACUAUAAAUUAAUAAUUGUGAUUUUUUAUAAUUUAUUUAACUUAUUAGUAUUGUUUUACUGGAUUCCAAAUAUUUUGCAUUUAUCAUUAC